AUGACCAAAUCCAUCCUCCUAAUAAACGGCCCCAACCUCAACCUCCUUGGCACGCGCGAACCCACAAUCUACGGCUCCACAUCCCUCUCCGACGUAAUCGCCUCCGCACACAAACAAUGCACCGCGCAAUCCAUAAACUUUUCACACAUCCAAUCGAACCACGAGGGCGUCCUUGUCGAUCGCAUACAUGAGGCGCGCGGCAACGUCGACUUCAUCGUCAUAAAUCCGGGCGCUUUCACACAUACAAGCGUAGCGUUGCGAGAUGCGUUGGCGGGUGUGGAGAUACCGUUUGUCGAAAUACAUAUCAGUAAUGUGCAUAGGAGGGAGGCGUUUAGACAUCAUAGUUAUCUGAGUGAUAAGGCGGAGGCUGUGAUCUGUGGGUUGGGGGUGUUUGGGUAUGAGGCUGCUAUUGAGUUUGCGGUGAGGUAUCUGCGGGAGAAGGAGGAGAAGAACGCAAAGCUGUAG